AUGACCACCAGGGGCGCUGUGGUUUCACCCGCUAACCGUCUACGAAGCGCUACUUCCGCAGUCAACGAGAGGAGAGCGGAAGUUGAGCCGCCAAUCAAAUCAAACGAAGAAGAAGACAAACUAACAACAAACAAAUCCAGCCUCCGUGACAGCAGAAUGGCGGACGAAGAAGACGAACCCGGCUUCGACGAGGAGCUGGACGACGGAACCAGCGGGGUGGACGUGGGCCACGGCAGGAGGAAGAGGCUCUUCUCCAAGGAGCUCCGGUGCAUGAUGUAUGGCUUCGGAGACGACCAGAACCCGUACACGGAGUCCGUGGACAUCCUGGAGGACCUGGUGAUCGAGUUCAUCACGGAGAUGACCCACAAAGCCAUGUCCAUCGGACGCCAGGGCCGCGUCCAGGUGGAGGACAUCGUGUUUCUGAUCCGUAAGGACCCCCGGAAGUUCGCCCGAGUCAAAGACCUGCUGACCAUGAACGAGGAGCUGAAGAGAGCCAGGAAAGCCUUCGACGAAGCUAACUAUGGCUCCUAACGGCUCAUUGAGACACUUUUUGGGGGUUAAUUUGGAGGUUUGUGUCGUUUUAAUUUGUUAUUCACGCUUGGAUUGUGGUCCAAACUGCGUUUCUGUGGCAUAGAGAUGACAGGAUGUUGGAUAUAAAGCUAAUGACAUGUUGAAUAAAGCAGCUUUCACAUUGUUUUCAUA